UUGCCAAGCCCCAAGCCCCAAAGUCUUUUGUCUUAACCCUAAACUUUAAUUCACGCAGCCCGCAGCCCGCAGCCCGCAGCCAUCAUCUCCUGAUUCUCCUCUGAUUUGAACUUUUGAAGUCGACCAGCGUCAAAGAGACGAAGACUUGCAUCGACCAGCGGACCAGCGUCCAUACUCCAGCAAGCAGCAGCACCGCAACUCCGUCCGUUCACUCCGUCGCGACUUCAGCUCGGCGCGACGUCGCUGACUCCUCUCCGCCUCUCCGACAGUCCGACAUCCUCUUAUCCUCAAGUUGAUUGUUUAUAACAAUGGUAAAUCGUUCAAAGAAGAGUAGUGCAAGGAGUGGUGUAGGAAAUCUUGGAGUGAAUAUGGGUGCAAGAAGAGAUCCGGCUUGGAAUCAUUGUGUUGAAUUAAUUCAUGAAGGUGGAGAAAGGAAGCCUUACAAAUGUGUCACAUGUAAUAUUUGUCAAAAAGUUAUCAAAGGAGGGUUGUCAAGGCUUAAACCUCAAAAUGCAAAAGAACUACACCAACAAGUUUGUUUAGAUAUUGGGAGGUUUUUCUAUGAAAAUGCAAUACCUUUCAAUGUGGCAAGGAGUCCUUCGUUUGUUAACAUGCUUCGGUCAGUUGGUGCAUAUGGUCGGGGAUUUAAGCCUCCUAGCAUGUAUGAUCUUAAGACGUGGAUUUUGAAGGAAGAAUUAAAGACAACCGAAGAAUUAGUUAAUGACAUUAAGAGUACAUUGGUCAUUAACUGGAGUUUCAAUCAUGUCUGAUGGUUGGCAAGAUGUUAGACAUAGGAGUCUAAUUAAUUUCCUUGUUAAUAAUUCUAGUGGCACAGUUUUUCUAAAAUGUGUUGAUGCUUCUGAACAUGUUAAGGAUGCUAAAUUGUUGUUUCGGUUGCUUGAUGAAGUUGUUGAGGAAGUUGGAGAAGAACUUGUGGUUCAAGUGAUAACUGAUAAUACAAGCAACUAUCGAGCAGCGGGGUUAAUGCUUAUGGAGAAAAGAAAGCAUUUAUAUUGGACUCCAUGUGCUGCACAUUGUCUUGAUCUAAUGCUAGAGAAGAUUGGAGAAUUGCCACAACACAAAAAUGCUUUGAUCAAGGCAAAGAAAGUGAGCAAUUACAUUUAUAAUCACUCUUGGGUCUUGAGCUUGAUGAGACAAUUCACGAAUAGAGAGCUUAUUAGGCCGGCUGCCACUAGAUUUGCCACUGCAUAUUUGACGUUGCAAAGCAUUUAUCAGUUGAGGCAAUCAUUGGAAGCUAUGGUCACUUCUGAAAAGUGGACAAAGAGUAAUUAUGCAAGCAAAGCUGAUGGGAAGGAAGUUAGAAAAAUAAUUUUGAAGGAUAACAACUUUUGGCCUAGUUUGAUUUAUGCUAUCAAGACCACAAGACCAUUGGUUAAAGUGUUGAGGCUAGUAGAUGGAGGCAAAGAGCCUGCUAUGGGUUUUCUUUAUAAUGCUAUGGAUGAAGCCAAAGAAAAGAUAGCAAAAAACUUGGGUGGAGAAGAAAAAGAUUACAAGGAGAUAUGGGAGAUCAUUGAUGAAAAAUGGAAUUUUCAGAUGCACCGACAUUUGCAUGCAGCUGCCUACUAUCUAAAUCCCCGCUGCCAUUAUUCUCCUGAUUUUUCUACACAUCCAGAGAUCAAGCUUGGCUUAUUCCAUUGUCUAGACAAGCUCAUACCCAAUCGAGAUGACAUGGAGAAAGCUGACCUACAAUGUAGUGCUUUCCACAGUCGAGAAGGAUUUUUUGGGUUAGCUCAAGCUAAGAACACUGUCUACAAAAGAACUCCUGUUAAAUGGUGGACUCAAUAUGGAGAUGAGACUCCCGAGCUUCAAAAGUUUGCUGUUAAAGUGCUAGGCCUCACUUGUUCUUCAUCAGGAUGUGAGCGCAAUUGGAGUUCAUUCAAUCAAGUGCACACCAAAAGAAGAAAUCGUUUGACCACUACAAGGAUGAAUGCUUUGGUUUAUAUUCUAUACAACAAGAAGUUGAAGGAUAGACGCUUGAAGUUGAAAUCCUUAAGAAAUGAUGAAGAUAGCUUGUUGAUUGAUGAGUUGCCGUCGGAUGAUGAAGGGCUUGUGGGUGAAAAUGAUGAAGAUGCUCCCCAUCUAUGUGUAGAUGACUUUAAUGUUGAUGUUUUUGAGGGAGAGCCAUCACAAGCAACUCAAACUCAACCAAUUUCAUCCUCAAGCAAGAAGGCUAGUGCUAGUGCAAAAGGGUCAAGUAAGGGGAAUGAAAAGUUGAUGCUAAUUGAUGAAGAUGAAUGGGAAGAUAUUGAUUAUGAUGGUGGAAGUGGAAAUAAGGAUGAUGAGCCUAUAGACUACAAUGAUUUUUCAGAUGAAGUUUCAUUGUGAUUUAUGAUAUGUUUGAUUGUUUAUGACUUUAAUAUUGAAUUGUUAUGUGUUUGUUUACUUUAGACUUAUAUUAUGUUUGGUGUUAUGUGGUGUGUUUUCUUGAAACUUUAAUAUUGGAUUGUUAUGUGCUUCUUUGCUUUA